UACUGCACGCGGAAGUGCUGCACGAGUGUUGACAACACCUGACGCUGAACACACCUGCGGAGCUUCUUCUAGGUUCACGAGCGGUUCUCUGCAUGGAUAAGCUGAAGAAGGUGCUGAGCGGACAGGAUGAAGGGAGCACCGACGGGACCGGGAUCCUGGAGAGAGCCAAUGAGGCGUCCACCCUGGCCUGGGGCACCAGGAUGAAGGGCUUCGGCGUCUGCUUCGUUCUCGGCAUCGUGUGCUCCAUCCUGGCGAGCUGCACCCUGUGGAUCCCUGGAGUCGGCCUCAUUGUGUUCGCUGUCCUCUACAGUGUGGGAAACGUCAGCGCUCUGGCCAGCACCAUGUUCCUGAUUGGUCCGUGUCGGCAGCUGAAGACCAUGUGUGCUAGAGAGAGAGCCUUUGCCACCGUCCUCGUGCUGGUUUGUCUGGCGUUGACGCUUUGUGCUGCAUUCUGGUGGAAGAAUAACGGUCUCGCUCUGCUCUUCUGUGUCCUUCAGUUUCUGGCAUUCGCCUGGUACGGCCUUUCAUACAUCCCCUUUGCCAGGGACGGCUUCAUGAAAUUAUGUUCAGUGUGCGUCUGAGUGACCUCCAGCCUCGACCAAUCAGGACGCAGGAUGUUGUUCGACCAAUAGGGACACAGGACUCCGCCAGGCGUUCGACCAAUCAGGAGCCUCAAACAUUUCAAACCCUGAGAAUCAAAUCAGCUGUUUUUAAAGAAACUUCCUGUCUGUUACCUGAAAUUUCAUUUUCAGGUUGUUGCAAAACAAUAUUUAAUAUUUAAUAAUAUAAAAUGUUAUUGUAAUUCUAAUAAUAAUAUAUCAAUACUAGUUAUUAUUAAUCCUGCUUCUAAAUGUACAAAUACUUUUAUUUUGUCUUCAACCGGAAGUCACUUUCUUUUAAACAUUUAAAAUGAAUAUAUUAUAUAAAAAAGAUUAAAUAAAUAAAACCAGAGAAUAAAAGAUGAAUGCACUCAUUUUAAUUUACUAAAAUAACAAAUAUAAUUUGUUUGUAAUGUUUGUCAAUUUCUCAUAAAUCUUUUGUAAUUUAUAAAUUAUUUA